AAUGUUGAGGCACCAUGCCAGAGCGUGGAAGAUUUAACGAAUGGGGUUGUGAUGGCCCAGGUUCUUCAAAAAAUGAUUGGAAAGACUGUCCUUUUUUAUCUGCUGGAGUAUAAAAAGAGAUCCAGCUUACUUUGAUGAAAAUUGGCUGAACAGGAUCAAAACAGAAGUAGGAGAUAACUGGAGGCUAAAGUUCAAGGUUCCUCACAAUGUUCUCACCGGUAAACUGGACUUAAGUUCUGCAACAUGGCCUUUGUGUUUCUGUGGCACUUUCUGCAGCAGACUCAGGUAAGCAACCUGAAGAAAAUUUUAAAAGGAAUCCUGGAUUACAACCAUGAGAUUCUAGGGCAACAGAUUAAUGACUUCACCCUUCCUGAUGUUAACCUGAUCGGAGAGCAUGCUGAUGCUGCGGAGCUUGGAAGAAUGCUUCAGCUGAUUUUGGGAUGUGCUGUGAAUUGUGAACAAAAGCAAGAGUACAUCCAGACCAUAAUGAUGAUGGAAGAAUCGGUUCAACAUGUUGUCAUGACAGCCAUUCAGGAGUUGAUGAGUAAAGAGUCUCCAGUCUCUGUUGGAAAUGAUGCUUACGUUGACCUUGAUCGUCAGCUGAAGAAAACUACAGAAGAAUUAAAUGAAGCACUAGCAACAAAAGAAGAAAUUGCCCAGAGAUGUCAUGAAUUAGACAUGCAGGUUGCAGCCCUCCAGGAGGAAAAGAGCAGCUUGCUCGCUGAGAACCAGAUUUUGAUGGAACGUUUAAAUCAAUCUGAUUCUAUUGAAGAUCCCAACAGCCCUGCAGGUCGUAGGCACUUGCAGCUGCAGACCCAACUAGAACAGCUCCAAGAGGAAACAUUCAGAUUAGAAGCUGCCAAAGAUGACUAUCGAAUACGCUGUGAAGAACUAGAAAAGGAAAUUGCUGAAUUGAGACAACAAACAGAAGAGCUUACUACAUUGGCAGAGGAGGCUCAGUCUUUGAAGGAUGAGAUAGAUGUACUCAGGCAUUCUUCUGAUAAAGUAGCGAAGUUAGAAAGCCAGGUAGAGUCAUACAAAAAGAAAUUGGAAGACCUGGGUGAUUUGCGGCGGCAAGUGAAACUCUUAGAAGAGAAGAAUACAAUGUACAUGCAAAAUACUGUGAGCCUGGAAGAAGAACUAAGGAAGGCCAAUGCAGCACGCAGUCAGCUGGAAACGUACAAGAGACAGGCAGUUGAACUACAAAACAGGUUAUCUGAAGAAUCCAAGAAAGCUGAUAAAUUAGAUUAUGAAUGCAAACGACUGAAAGAAAAAGUAGACAGCCUCCAAAAAGAAAAAGAUAGAUUAAGAACAGAAAGGGAUUCUCUGAAAGAAACUAUUGAAGAGCUUAGAUGUGUACAAGCUCAGGAGGGUCAGCUCACCACUACAGGAUUGAUGCCUCUGGGAAGACAAGAGCCUUCAGACAGCUUAGCAGCAGAAAUCGUUACUCCCGAAAUAAAGGAAAAACUCAUUCGCCUUCAGCAUGAGAACAAGAUGUUAAAGUUGAACCAAGAAGGUUCUGACAAUGAAAAGAUUGCCUUGUUGCAGAGCCUACUUGAUGAUGCAAACUUACGGAAGAAUGAAUUGGAGACAGAAAACAGAUUGGUAAAUCAGAGACUUCUAGAAGUGCAGUCCCAGGUUGAAGAACUACAAAAAUCUUUGCAGGAUCAAGGUUCAAAAGCUGAGGAUUCAAUUCUUCUGAAAAAGAAACUUGAAGAACAUCUUGAGAAGCUCCAUGAAGCUAACAAUGAGCUACAGAAGAAACGAGCUAUUAUUGAGGAUUUGGAACCAAGAUGCAAUAACAGUUCACUGAAAAUUGAAGAAUUACAAGAAGCUUUACGGAAAAAGGAGGAGGAAAUGAAGCAAAUGGAAGAACGAUACAAAAAGUAUUUGGAAAAGGCGAAAAGUGUUAUCCGCACCCUAGAUCCUAAGCAGAACCAGGGUGCAGCUCCUGAGAUUCAGGCUCUGAAAAAUCAGUUGCAGGAGCGUGACAGAAUGUUUCAUUCACUGGAGAAGGAAUACGAAAAAACGAAAAGUCAAAGAGAAAUGGAAGAGAAAUUUAUUGUUAGUGCCUGGUACAAUAUGGGGAUGACUCUGCAUAAAAAAGCAGCAGAAGAUAGACUGGCUAGUACAGGCUCAGGACAGUCCUUCCUGGCUAGACAAAGGCAAGCCACGAGCACAAGGAGAUCUUACCCUGGUCAUGUCCAGCCAGCAACAGCAAGUGAUGUGGUUGCAUGACCCGCAGCAUUAUUGUAACAGGGACUGUUCAGUGCAUGACUUGCUUUUCUGUCCAGACUGCAUAACCAAAACUUAACCCGUUCUACACUUAAGACUCAUGGCCAUCUGAUUUCAAAGGGGGAUCUACUUGCAGAGAAGCUUACCAUCCUCGGGAGUGGCUUUCCCAUUUCCCGCUUCCGUUUGCUCUUUCUCUUCACAAAAAAGUCUCCUGUGAGGCUAGGAGAGAGAAAAUCCAGUAUUCAGAACUCGACAGGAGGCGUUCUGCAAACUGACAGAGCAGUGUCAGCUCUCCAUUUUACUUCGGCCUGUCCACUUUAUUUAUUCUGAUUAACAGUAUUAACACACAGACUUCCUGCAACAUUUUCGUACGCUGAACUAUAGAACUCUAGUCUUAAUGAGUUCCUAAAAACGCCUUUUGGUUACUGUUAAAAUUUCAAAGCACCUGCACCCUUAAAGGAUCCACUUUGAAUCUCUAAAUAAUUAAACUAAAGCGAAGGAGGUGUUUUACCAGGAGAAAUGACUAAGGAAUUGCUGCUUGGCCAUCCCAUCUUCCUUAGAAAACCAGGCAAGCUUCAUCUGGUCAUCUCCGAGCCAGGCAAACUACCGGGCGGUAUUUUGUUCACAGGCGCUGCCUGCUUCCUUACUAUGUAUAUACACCGUAGUUUGUGGCUGUUGUAUUUUUCUCUCUGCAUUUUAGCUGUGUUGUUGGUUUCUUUCAGAAACUUUUUUUUUCAAUCUGUGUAAAAUUGUUAAAACAAUCUGAGGAGACAACGUGAAUGGAGAUAAGUUUGAAAGCUGCCUACACUUUCAGUAUUAAUACAGACUGUCCUUGCCAGUUUAUAAUUUGGGUCGUUUAACUUUUACCUGUACUAUUUUUUUUUUUCUUUUUUUCCUCCUUACCGCAGUCUUAGCUAUUUAAUUUCCAAUUGCACUAGCUUGGCUGUUUCUUUGUAUUAUGAACUUGAGCGAUAAGAUUUGCCAUUAUGUAGACAGUGUAACUCAAAAUGCUUUGUACUGCCUAUAUUAAUUUAAAAAGCUGCUUAUUUAAUAUUCUUAAAUAUCUGCACAUUUGUACUACUGUAUCUUUGUUUUGUAUUGGACAUCCAGUACUGGCAAGAUUCGGAAGGUGAGGGAGUGCUGUAGUGUUGUAAGUUAAGAGGUUGAUCGUAUAGGAGUUAGUAUGUAACAAACAGGGAAGGGGGGCUUUUAAGCCAUAGGAUUUGUCGGAAAAUCUGAAGAGAGUCGGCAUGAUGAGUGCCAUUAAGUGGUUUGGUUUAAGUCCAGUUCUGGACAAACCCCGUUCUUGCUCACUUGGAUCUUAAUCCUGCAAAAAUACAAGCACGUAUGUACUCUGCUUACUCCAAGAAUGGCUUUGCUUGUUCAGGGGGUAGCAUAACCACUGGCCCUGUUUCCCGCGCGAGCACCCCCGUGCUGGAGAAGUGCUGUGUCCGCUGGUCUCCGCGGUCGCUUCUGGUCAGGAAAGGCAACGCGAGCCUGGCCCCCGGCCCGUCACGUGGGACUCUGGGCAGAGCUGCACCGUGCGCCCUGAGGCGCCUACCUGUGCUCAGUCCCUGGGGGCCCAGACGCCCAGCAUGUCACUGGCGUGCUGCAGGAUGGCUUGGAGAGAAGGCAGAUU